AUGAGUUCUCAGAGUGCGACUCGCAAGAGACCUGCCCCCGGAACAGUGCCAGUCGUUCAUCCUCAGAUGAACACUGUCCCCAACUUUCCGACCACCGCGAACCCCGGCUCCCAGCUUUCGAACGACCAAUUCUUACAGUGGGGCCAAAAUCCCUCCAACACCAUCAACACCUCUGCUUUUCCCGAUAACUCAUACAACCCUGGUGGUUUUGCGCCCCCUCAAGAUGUGUCUGCGCCGGCUGCGACAGCAUCUAACCAACUUGCCCGCCGACAGGCAAACCACAACCAGAAUCAAAAUCAAAAUCAGAACCAGAACCAGCUGAUCAGCCGGAACCGUGGAUACGAGCAAGCGCCCGCGUCAUAUGUCGAGAAUGGGGGGAACACAGGCAAUGGCGAGAGCGGCGCAUGGGGAGAGUCGUUGGAAGAGCUCUACCGACGUGCUCAGACUGCGAAAAGAGAAGCACAAGCCAAACGGAAACAGAUCCCUCCAUUUGUGCAGAAAUUGAGCAGCUUUCUUGACGAGUCUAAGAAUACGGAAUUGAUUCGCUGGUCCGACGAUGGCAAUUCUUUCAUCGUUUUGGACGAGGAUGAAUUUGCGAGGACGUUGAUCCCAGAACUGUUCAAACACAACAACUAUGCGUCUUUCGUCCGACAGCUGAACAUGUACGGGUUUCACAAAAAGGUUGGGCUUUCCGACAAUUCGAUGCGUGCCAGCGAGCGAAAGAACAAGAGUCCUAGCGAGUACGCAAACCCAUAUUUCAAGCGUGGUCACCCAGAUUUGCUGUGGCUUAUCCAGAAGCCAAAGAACGCUGCAGGUCAUGCCAGCAAACCCAGCAAAGGCGGUACCCGCGUGAAGACGGAGGAUAUUGAUGAUAAUGACAUGGACGAGUAUGCCGAAGAGGGUGUACCCACCACUCGCGAUACUCGUUCUCGGCCACAGCAGCUGUCUUUAGUCACGGACAGUUCUGUGCCUAAUGAACAGCUUUCUGGCGUCUAUCGCGAACUUCAAGCGAUCCGUCAACAACAGUCAAUCAUAUCAACCACAAUCACCAGGUUGCGAAAAGAACACGAGCAGCUGUACGCACAGGCAGCCAACUUCCAGGAGCAACACACUCGCCACGAGAACUCCAUCAAUGCCAUUUUGACUUUCCUGGCAACAGUGUACAACCGCAGUUUGCAGGGACAAGAUGGUCCUCAAAACCUCGCCAACUCUUUUGCGGGAGCCAUCUCGCAGGAUCAAGGCAACAUUGUGGACGUCGAUGACGACUACCUGAGCAAUGCGUUGGGCUCCAUGACAAGCCCAAAUACCCAAAGAAUGAAGAAACAACCACUGCUUUUGAAAGCACCCCCGACCUCUGAUCAAAGUGGCCGCGCGAACACGGUCUCACCAGCAGCCAGUGGUCCCUAUGAUACACGGUCUCGAGGCCACAACCGGCAACCCAGCGCUACACAGCCGGGCCACGUGGAAGAGGUCUUUGAUCAUAGUCCUCGGCCAAGUGCGUCGAACGUGCCAAAAGAUCAGACAGAUGAUGGUUUCCCUCAACAGGACAUCAUGUCUGUCAUCCAGAACUCCAAUGCCCGUAACGGGGUUCCCACAAACUUCUCCGAGUUCCCUAAUGUUCUAUCCUCUCUUGAAAACCACGGUGGCAACGUCCCACUAACCGCCAAUCAACGCGCGGACAUGCUGCGCCUUAUGGCCAACGAGACAAACACCGCCGAGCCUAAUGCUGGUGUAUCGCCCAACAACGCGCUCAUCUCGCCAAACCCACCUCCUAUGCCACACAACUACUCAGGUCGACUGGCCAGCACCCGUCAAGAGAUCGACAACUUGGUCAAAAUGCAGGCCGAACAGGACCGUUCCGUCCAGAACUUGACCAGUCUCCUCCAACCACUCAGUCCGAAUGGGACUAUUCCUGGUCUCGACAGCGACGGAAACGUUCCUCCUCCCCCGCUUGACCUGGACCAGAUAUUUAACAACGACUACUUUACCGAUAUUGGAGAUACGAAAACGUCCGAGAACCCGAUGAGCCAUAUAACUGGCCAGAACACAAAUGAUCAGGUGGGGGCCACUCAAGCCGAUGAUGGCGAUACGAAUGACCUCUUCGACUUUGACCACAUCCCUGCUGAUGGAGAUCUUUUUGACAACACCAAUGCCCAGGGCGACCCGGCGUACAACUACGGGUUCGAUGGUGCUGGCUACGAUGACUCUGGGCGUGUCAUCGAGCAAUUGACAGACAGUGAAGCCACAAGCCCCGCAGCAACGGAGAAAACUGAGGCUGUCGAUGAUGGUGGCAGCGCCACGAAGCGGCGCAGGAAGGCGUGA